GGACACCCCGUGUGGCGUUUACAUCUCAGAUCAGCUUAGAGGGCGCCAUGUCUGACGUCAAGAGGAACCAGACGAUCGUGUUCGAUUUAGUAGAGUAUAACUUAGGACGAGGCUAUGACCCUACGACCGGGAAAUUCAAAUGUGAAGUUUCUGGAACUUACGUGUUUUUCUUCAACAUCUUGACCAGGCCACAUAUGAGGCUAGGGGUGGAUCUAACAAUUAAUGGAGAAACAAGGUCCGCUUGUGCUUAUUCUGGUGCGGAUCCAAACUUUAGUGUCAAUGGAAGUAACAUGGUCGUUGUACAUUUGAACAAAGGAGAUGAGGUUUGGGUCCGGGCCCACAAAAGCCGAGAUCCGCCACCCGGUGUUAUGUUGUCGAGUUUUGCAAACAGUUUUGCUGGCUUCCUAUUGUAUGCAGAUAUGCAGCUUGAUGGAUGAUCUGUUUUUAAUGACAUCAUUAUCUGUCAAAAUGCUCUUCUUCUCCAAUAAUGAAAUCAUUAUGACUGUUGUAAAUACCGUCUCAUGUAUACAUAAUAUAAACAAAUACAUUAUCAGAACAUUUA